GCAGGGAUUGUUCCCUUGUAUUUGUAAUUGGUGAGGCCACACCUCAAAUCCUGUGCCCAGUUAUCGGCCCCUCACUCCAAGAAAGGCAUUGGGGUGCUGGAGUGUGUGUCAAGAGAAGGGCAACGGAGCUGGAAAGGGUUCUGAAUACAAGUCUCAUGCGGAGCAACUGAGGGAGCUGGGGAUGUUUAGCCUGGAAAAAAGGAGGCUCAGGGGAACCUUAUCACUCUCAACAGCUGCCUGAAGGGAGGUUGUCGCCAGGUGGGGAUCAAUCUCUUCUUGCAUGUAUCAAGUGACUGGGCAAGAGAAAAUAACCUCAAAUUCUCAUGGGGAGGUUUAGAUUGGAUGUAAGGAACAAUUUCUUCACAGAAAAAGUGGCCAAGCAUUGAAACAAGCUGUCCAGGAGAGUGGUUGAGUUACCCUACCUGGAGGGAUUUAAAAUUCAUGUAGACAUGAUUCUUAAGGACAUGGUUUAGUGGUGGACUUGGCUGUGCCAGGUUUGUGAUUAGACAUGAUGAUCUUAAAGGUGUUCUCCAAUCUAAAGAAAUUGUGGUUCUCUGAUUCCUGAUGUGUGCGUAUCCCUAGGCAUCUGUUAUUAACAGCAAAAACAGAAAUAUUAUAUACAGUAUCUUUUUCUAGCAUCUGUGUUCACACUUGUAGAGUUAAUUCCUGUCUCUUUAUUGAACAGCCACUGUGUUCUGUUAGCUAAGGAGGGUAGUAUAGCUGUAGGAUUUGGGGAAGAGGGUGAGAGAGGGAAAAACAAGAAAUUAGAUCCCAGACAUACAAACUUACAAUAGGUUGUCAAAAACACUCACAUGCAGCUGCACUGCACAGGCUGCACAGGUUGAUCCCAUAAAAAUAUUUUUGGUACCUAGAAACAUAUUAAGUGUUCUGGGAAAAAUAGUUUUUUUCUGUGUUCCAACCAAAUCCAGAUACCCUGACUAUAAAUGGCACCUGUAAAUGGCAGGUGAAGUGUGGCUAAACAAUUCUUUCCUUUUCUUCUGUCUUUCAAAAGGCCAAACUGCAGCCUUCCUAAUCUUACUUCACCUUUCCACAGACACACUAUACAGCAUUGAGGUGUCAUUAUCCCCUAGAACAGACAUAUGAAGACAUUUCACACUAUGCCUCUGAAGGAAUAGAUACACCAAGCAGAAAAUAGGGAAAAAGGCUGAUGCUAAACUUAAACUACUUUUGUAAUCUUGAGCUUUCCAGAAUUGGGAGUGGACCUUGUGUAAAUGAACAGGGAUGAGGCCACCUCUUUUACAGAUCUCUUAUUUUUAUCGAUAUCAAAUAAGAAAAUGAAGGUCAACCUAUACCAGCAGAAUGUGGAAAACCAAAAUUUUGAUACUAUCAAUAUGCAAAUGUGCAUUUGAUCUAUAUUCUAAGUACUUCUAGUAUGAAAUCUGAAAUUAAAAUACACAUACUUGAAGUAAUCUUCCUCCUGCACAUUACCUUCUUAUCAAUUAAUUGAAAAGUUUAAUAGGUAUCUUUACUAUCAGGUAACAUAGGGGUGGAAAGGAGAAACGGCAAGGAAGCUCAUCUCCUUGCCACAGAAGUGUGGUCUAGAUACAAAACCAUGGUCAAGCCUUCUAACUUUUUGAGAAGCACUUAAAAAGGGUAACUUUUAAUGUUUGUCCUUAUUGUUAGAUCAUCAUACAAAUCCUAAACUAUAACAACUUUGAAAAAAUUCGAUAAUUUAGUCUAAACCCUUCUGGCAAUAUUCUUUAAUAGUGAUAAAUUCUGCAUUACUAGUCCUAUGCUAAUUGUAUAAAGGGAAGAUGUCCAGAUGGCUGUGUGUCUUAAAGGUAUCUUAGAAGAUAUCCUUAAGGAAAAAACUCAAAUGAGCACAACAGAGAAUGUCAAGUGUCACCAAUAACUACAAAUGACCUUUUACCCCUUUCCAUGUGUUUGCUAUAUUGUACUAGCAUUGACAAGUCCAUCACUAAGCCAUGUUCCCUAAGCAUGAUAUUUCUGUGGCUUUUAAAUAAGUCUGGGGAUGGUUAUUUAAUCCCUUCCCUGGGCAGCCUGUUCCAAAGUUUGACAAACCAGAGACAAUUUUCUAAACUAGACCUCGCCUGGAGCAGCCCAAGGGCUGGCUCCUUUGGUCCUACUGCUUGUUACCUGGGAGGAGAGACCAAUCGCCACUUCACUACAUCCUCCUUUCAGGGAUGGAAUAGAGCAGUAGGGUCUCCCCUGCUUCCUUUUCUCCAGGCUGAUCAACACAGCCUGCACCUGCUCAGGACCAAACUGUGCUGCGGAUCACUCACCCCUCACACACACAGCACUGACAGUUACUGAAUCUGGGGUAGGAAUCAGAGAGAGGAAGACAUCUUGUUGAUUUGAGGUGCAGAUCUUUCUGCCAAUAACUUUAAAAUUGAAAGAUGAAUUCACAAAAGGUAUACUCUUAUGCUUUCCAGUUCAAUUCAAGCAAGGCAAUUCAAGUCAAGCAAGGCAAAUAAUGUAUAUUAAAUAAAACACAUUUUUAUUUUUUAUUAGGUACAUUUACUGGAGAUUAAUGAAUACACAAACACUAUUUUUUAACAACUCCUUUUUUGUCAAUUUUGAAACAUUACAGUAUACUUCCCAACUCUUCAGAAUCUGUGAUUUUAGCAUAUUUUGAUCUCCAAUCAAUAAUUUCCUUAAUUCCCUUUGGUAUUUUCUUGUAAACUGAAGUACUCACUUUUUCCCCCCACCUUUGUAUCUUCUCUGUGUACUGUUCUGCUUUUCUAAUUGCUUUCAUGUCUUCUUGUCUCUCCUGUCAAAAUACAUACACAGAAUAUUGUGUGAGUAUCAUUUACAAGAGCAAAAUACAGGCUCUUCCAGAAACAUUUAAAGAAGAAACUUUCAACACUUAGAGGAGCAACAGAAAAAAGAUUCAUCCUAAAAUGGGAUUUUAUAAAAAUAUUCCCCAUGUUUUAAUAAAUUCCAUUCAAGUAUUUUUCAUCAAAGACCUUCCCAAGAUGUGUGAGAACCAUGUAGUGCUUGCACAAAGAACCCAAUAAUGGGAGAAGGCUGAGAGAGGGAUUACAAAGGGUGAGCUUAGGGUGCUUUGUAUCUAUGUGGUACAUUUGCUUUUCAGACUGGAAUCAAAAUGGCCUAAUGCUGAGUAUUAGUCUGCCUAAGCAGACUUUCUGGCAUAGUCACAGAUGAGUCAUCAGGACAGCUUUGAAGCAAAAUCAUAGAGUUGCACUUGUCUGAGCCACCUGCUUUGGAACGAUCUCGUGGAGUAGGGUUGUACUCUCCAAAACUCAAGAUCACUUGGGAAAAUGUCACUCUAUUCUUUAAAGUGAACAGCAGAAAAAUUAUUCACCCAAGAAAGAACAGUGCUCAGCAUGGUUCACAUUUAUUUGUCCCUGCCCUCCUUUCAUAAGCUGCCUUAACAGUAAUUUCACUUACUGGUAAAAAAUCAAAACAUCAAACCUCAUCUUGCCUUCUAUUUCAGCUUACCUAACAUCAGCUAGAGUCUGUGAAGUAUUUCUUGCCAGGCUGAAGUCUCCUUUAGUAUCAAGCUCCCAUUCCUGAUCUUUCACCAUCUCCCUAAGAAGUCAACCAGAUUGGGUUUCUCGCCAUUAGGCCCUUUUUAUCUCCUCUCUGUUGUGUCCUCACAGCUCUUCUCUGCAACCUUGAGUUGGGUUUAAGUGGCUAAGUCUUGUAAAGGGAGGCAGGUUAGAUCAGCAGAGGUGACUUCUGUAGAAGACACCAGAAGAGAGACACUGCUCCUCCCCUCCAGCGACGUAGCUCUGCUCAGCAGCUUCAAUAGAUUUAACUAGCUCCUGCUUUUCUAUCAUGAUUGCCCUGUACUCCAGCAGGGGAACAAGGCUGUAGCAGCCAGACUGAUGAGACUGGUAUGGGAUUUACUAAAGCCAUGGAGAUUGGCAUGUGGAGCUGAGAGCAGGACCAUCCUUCCUUGUCUACAGCUUCGAAUAGCAUGUCCUUGACUAUACACCCUAGAUGCUAAAACCGUCCUUGUCAGCCUGAGUCCAGAACAGCAAUAGAAGCCACAGACAGCAAGGACAUGGAGUCUGCCAGACUGUUACUGCAGCUGGCAUGGCCAGCAUGGACACCACAGCUGUAACUGGGUUGGGUCCUCAGCACCCAAACACGUGCACACUGCUCUCCGUUGAAUGUUUUUUGGGAGGAACCUGGUGGCAAACUGAUGCAGAGAGCAAAGCGUCAGUGAAUUUUCCAAAGAGGCUGUGAUGCCCCAUGGGAUAUGUGUUCCUGUGAGCUUUUAGCAGGCAGUGCUGGAAGCCAAAUGCUGCUGCCUGCUACAAGGCCUGCACACCCUGAUCCCACCAGCAGAGCAUUCACUGCGGCCUAUCAGGAAUGUCCAGUCCUAGCUUCUGCCUCCCUUCCUGCUUGGAACUUUCAUGGGUGGUGAGGCACUGGCACUGUCUAAAGAAGCUGCUUUAUCCCUGGAAGUGUUCAAGGCCAGGUGGGAUGGAGUUUUGAGCAUCCUGCUCUAGAGUAAGGCAUUCAGGCAGGGGAGGUGGAACUAGAUAAUCUUUAAAUUCCUUUCCAAUCCAAACCAGUCUAUGAUUCUAUGAUGCCAUGUUGUUCCUCUCCACUGCUCACCCUCCAAGGCCACUGUGCCCAAAACACUGAACCAGCUCCUCUGUGACAUCAGCCCCGGCACCAAAGGUACUACAGGCAUUAGUUGGCAGCUGCACUGAACGAGCCCUCACUCCUUGCACCUGAUACAUGUGAUGAAUUGGUGUUAUGAAUUUGCUGUGCAUCCUAGUCCUACUUGUCAUGUGCAAGUCUGUGCUCAGCUCAUGGGACACCUGUGGGUAAGUUGCCUCAGACUCUUGGAGGGAGUUUGGACAAUAUUUGAGGGUUUUUUCCUGUGAGCCCCAUGCAGGAGUUUCAGUUCCUUGACAGUACCCAAGCUGCAGCACAACUUUCUUAUGGCACUCAAGCAGAAACAGGGGAGGACAGACAUGUGCCCCGUGGGAUUCCCUGGCUCAGCUGUCCAUGCAAACAGUGCCAUGGGUAGAGGGAAGUUGGCUGGCCUUCAAUCUGAGCAGCAGCAAGCCAUCAAGCAGGACAGCAAUGACUUUCUGUUUACAGAGGGACCUGUGGUCUCUGGCCCAUGUCUGCUUCCUACGGCCCUGCGGCUUAUGACUAUGACCCUGUGGCUCCAGACUAUGGCGACCUGCACAUCAUCCGUGUUACAGGUGUCCAGCCAGGAGCCUGGGCCGGGAUUAUUAGCAUCCAGGAUCCAGACACAGGGCAUAUCUGUGGAGGGUCUCUCAUCAGCACAGAGUGGGUUGUCACAGCCGCCCACUGCUUCAUCAAUACGAGUCAUGCAUACUGCUUUCUUCUCUGUCUUGAAAGCACAGGUCAGGGUAACUCCUGUGUUGCUGCAGUACACAACCCUGCUCCCUCUCACCUCUUUCUCCCUGUGCUUCUUAGGAACAGCAACACAUGGCAGGUGGUGAUAGGGGCCACCCAGUUGACUCAGCUGGGCCCUGAGGUGCAAGUGCGCCAGAUUAAGCAGCUACGGGUUCAUGAACACUAUAUUCCUGGUGAGGAGAGGAAUGACAUUGCUUUGCUGAAACUGGACCAGCCUGUUGUGUGCAGCCACUAUGUACAGCUGGGCUGUGUGCCUGACGCCACACUGAAAGUGUCGGAGCUGAAAACCUGUUAUAUUGCUGGCUGGAGUUCUACUGCUACAAGAGGUGAGUUCCCGAAAAGGACACGUGCCCUGAGGGCAAACUUGGCACACCAGGGAGAUGUGUUGGGCUUCCCAACAGCACAGGCCAAAGCCAGAGUCAGGCUGAAGAAUGUCUGCCUCUGGAGAGGUAGUCCUAGACCACUCCCCAAAACCAGACAGAAGGGGGAAAGCAGAACAACAUGGUAUUUGCCAGGGAACCCCAUGGAAGCCCGAGGGAAGGGCUUCACCUCCCAGUGGCGGGGGGAAAUGACCACAAGGAACUGCCUUAUGCUCAUUUCUUUCUGUGCUCACAGGUCAGAGACCAACUCUGUCAAGGGCUGUGAGAGAGAAGGAGACAGCUCUAGUGCUGACAGCAGCCACCCAACAUUACCUUAUUCCUCCCUUGCUCCACUGCAGGGUGACAGCGGUGGUCCUCUGGUGUGCAAAGAUAACAAUGCUGCCUUCUUCUGGCUCGUUGGUGUGAACAGCUGGGGAAAAGGCUGUGCAAGAGCAAACCAACCUGGAGUCUACACCUCCAUUCAGCACUUCUAUGACUGGAUCCUGGUCCAGAUAGACCUGCAGCCAGAGAGAAGGGCAUCAAGAUAUUCUAUGACUGCCCCAACCCCUCCUCAGACACCAACGCCAAUACCAACACCAUUGGACACGUUUAGCUCUGGCCCAUUUUCACUCCAGAAGCUGGUGGAAUUUUUCAGUUGGUUGCAGGAGCUCUUUCAGGCCGUAAGGAGAAAACUGGCUAGAGAAGCAGGAUGA